CUCGCUCACACACCCACUGAAACCAACAUGCCCGCUGUAACAUCUGGCAAGGUCCUCGUCACCGGCGCGAACGGCUACAUCGCCGUCUGGGUCGUAAAGUCCCUCCUCGACGCCGGCUUCUCCGUACGCGGCACGGUCCGCUCUGAGCGCAAGGCAGGCCACCUCCGCACGCUCUUUGCCUCCGCGGGCGACAAGUUCGAGGUGGUCAUCGUCGAUGACAUCACCAAGGCAGGCGCAUUCGACGCGCACGUCGGCGACGUCGACGCGAUCGCGCACACCGCCUCGCCCUUCCACCUGAAGGCCGUCGAGCCUGACGAGCUCAUCGUCCCCGCCUUGCAGGGCACGCUCAGCGUCCUGCGCUCUGCGCACGCACACGCUCCGAAGCUGCGUCGCGUGAUCGUCCUCUCUUCGACGGCCGCGGUCGUUCGUACAAACCCGAACCCGGCGGAGACGCUCGUGCUCGACGAGUCGAGCUGGAACGAGGAGGACGUGGUGACGACGCGCGAGAAGGGCGCGGCCGCGGAGGGCGGCGUGAAGUACCGCGCGAGCAAGACCCUCGCGGAGCGCGCGGCGUGGGACUUUGUCGCGAAGGAGAAGGGGUUGCAGUGGGACCUGGUCACGCUGAACCCGCCGUUUGUGUUCGGGCCGUUCUUGCACGAGGUGGCGAAGCCGGAGGAUCUGAACACGUCUGCGCACACCUGGUACUUUGCGGUGGUGAAGGGCACGCUCGACAACGAGGCGCUUGCGAACAACGGCGGAUCGUGGGUGGACGUACGGGACAUCGCGCAGGCGCACGUCGAGGCGCUCUUGAAGCCUGAGGCUGCUGGCAACCGGUUCAUCGUCAGCUCAGGCGGGUUCAGGUUCCAAGACUUCGUGUCCGUCGCCCACAAGAUUGAGCCCACACUGUCGGCGGGCAACACCUCCUACGACCCGUCAAAGGUGAAGUUCCCGACGACGUAUGACAACACCAGGGCGAAGACGGUGCUCGGCAUCAAGUUCCGCACGGUAGCCGAUACGACGAAGGACACGAUCGAGGACUUCAAGGCGCGUGGGUGGCUGUAGACGUGCGUUAGACUAGAAGGCCCGGAGCAGGUACGCGCAGCUUGUGUACGC